AUGAGCUGCAUUGCUAAUGACUCCCACAGGGCCAGCUGCUCUUCCUGCUACGGCUGCUCUUCCUGCUACGGCUGCUCUUCCUGCUACGGCUGCUCUUCCUGCUACGGCUGCUCUUCCUGCUACGGCUGCUCUUCCCGCUACGGCUGCUCUUCCCGCUACGGCUGCUCUUCCCGCUACGGCUGCUCUUCCCGCUACGGCUGCUCUUCCCGCUACGGCUGCUCUUCCCGCUACGGCUGCUCUUCCCGCUACGGCUGCUCUUCCCGCUACGGCUGCUCUUCCCGCUACGGCUGCUCUUCCCGCUACGGCUGCUCUUCCCGCUACGGCUGCUCUUCCUGCUACGGCUGCUCUUCCUGCUACGGCUGCUCUUCCUGCUAA